AUGGAGAUAGAUGAAGAUGAAAAGGAGGAAGAAGUUGCAAAGGAAGAAGAAGAGCAAUUGAAGGCCAAGGAACCGAAGAGGAAGAAUAACUUAGAGGAACAAAUUCCUAUACCUUUUCCUACAGUAGCCAAGAAGGCCAAGAAGCAUGAGGAGCUUGAUCCUAACAUAGUGCAAAUCUUUAAGAAUGUGGAGGUAACUAUUCCACUAUUUGAUGCCAUACAUCAAGUCUCGAAAUAUGCUAAAUUCCUUAAAGAUGUGUGCACUCACAAAGAGAAGAUUGGUGGACUAGGGACGAAUCUAUUAGGUAAUUCUAUUUCUUCUGUGAUGGAUGAUUUUCCUGAAAAAUAUAGUGAUCUCAGUCCUUGCUUGGUAUCUUGUAUGAUUGGUGAUAUUCAACUUAAGGAUUAUGUAUGUGACCUAGGGUUGUGUGUGAGCAUUAUGCCACUCUCGAUUUAUGAAAAGUUGAACUUUGCACCAUUGAGGCGAUCCAGGGCCAGGUUUGUGCUAGCAGAUAAGAGUAUCAUUUCGGUUGUGGGUAUUGUUGAGAAUGUACUGGUGAGAAUUCAGGACUUAACUUUUUCGGUGGAUUUCCAUAUCUUAGAGACGCCUCCCAUUGAUUUGGAUAGGUCAUCCUCCAUCUUACUUGGGAGGCCAUUCUGA